AUGAGGAAGCUGGUAUUUGAGCUGGGUUUUGAAGGAAGUCAUGGAUUUAAAGAGAAGAAUUUGAGGAGAAAUUGCCUUCCAAGUUGGUGGAGCGGCCCAUGUGGAGGCUUGCAGAUAGUGUGGAUUGUCGUGUGUGACUGGCAGCAAGUGCGAUGGUUUGGCUCUACUGUAAAUGGUGUGGUGAAGAAUAAAGAAAAUCACUUUGACAGCAGCACAGAGAGUGGCAUGGAGAGGAAAGAAGCUUCCCAGCCUGAAAGACACUGGGAGAAGGCCAAUAUGACCCAGAUCCAGGAGUUCAUCUUGCUGGGCUUGUCAAUGAGGUCAGCCCUACGUGGUGUCCUCUUUGCUGUGUUCCUGACCCUCUACCUGCUGACUCUCUUGGAGAACACCAUCAUCAUUCUGCUCAUCUGGAGCCACCCGGGGCUCCACAAGCCCAUGUACUUCUUCCUGGGGAAUCUGAGCUGCCUGGAGAUGUGGUAUGUCUCAGUCACGGUGCCCACCCUGCUGCUUGGGCUGUGGUCAGGGCCUUGCCAUGUCCCCUUCACGUCCUGCAUGACUCAGCUCUUCUUCUUCAUCACACUUAUCUGUGCUGAGUGCACACUCCUGGCCUCCAUGGCCCAUGACUGCUAUGUGGCUAUCUGUCGUCCUCUCCACUAUCCAAUACUCAUGAGGCCCCAGGUCUGCCUCAUGCUGGCCAUGGCCUCAUGGAUGGGCAGCCUUAGUGUCUCUGUGAUCAAGAUGGCCUGCAUUUGGCUCUCUUACUGUGGCCCCAAUGUCCUCAACCACUUCUUUUGUGACAUCUCCCCUCUGCUCAGUAGUACUCAUGUAGCACUGACUGAGCUGGUCGACUUCAUCUCAGCCACUGUCAUCUUCUAUGGUUCCCUGAUGGUUGCCCUGGUCUCUUAUGUGACCAUCGGCACAGCUGUGGUGCAUAUGCCCUCAGCAGCUGCCCAAGUCAAGGCCUUCUCUACCUGUGCGUCUCACCUCAUUGUAGUGGGCAUCUUCUACUCAGCUGCCAUCUUCAUCUAUGCCAGGCCCAAGCACAUGGUAGACAUGGACCUCAGCAAAUUGCUAUCUGUCAUCUACACAGUGCUCACACCCAUGUGUAAUCCAAUCAUCUACUGCCUGAGCAAUAAGGAGGUCCAAGGUGCUCUUCACAAGACCCUUUACAAAAUGAGGAUGAGUCAGAGCUCUACUAGCUAG